UUUUAAUUUACAAAAGUUAUUUCCCUUUUGUGUUUAACGCCAACAGAUAUGGCAAUAAAUUAAAGAGGGCAUGGAGGGAAUAAAAACUUAUUCAAAGGCAUAAUGUUGUGUGGUAGAGCAUUUGUUAAAGGUGGUGCUGUGGUUAGACAUUUUGGAAGAGUUUUAAAAACAACAACAUGUUUGCAAUUCAGAACUCUAACUGUGCCUGCAGAUGUUAAAAGUAAGGAGGAUAAAGUGAGGCAGUUACAGAAAGGGCCAUCCUUAGAGCAUUUUAUUGCUAACAGUACUAAUACACCAGCUAAGCAAAAUGUUUGUACUGAUGAUGUUAAUAUUCCAUACCUGAAUGACAGUGACCUACUUGGAAAUGGGAGGAAUGUGUAUUUUGAUGUACAUGGUUGUCAGAUGAACACAAAUGAUAUGGAAAUUGCUUGGUCUAUCUUGCAAGAAAAAGGCUACCAGAGAACUAAUGAUAUGACUCAGGCUGAUGUUGUUUUGGUCAUGACAUGUGCUAUAAGGGAAGGGGCGGAACAGAAAAUCUGGAGGAAGCUGAAGCAUCUAACAGGGAUGAAGAGACGAGGACCUUUAAAAAAAGGUGGAGUCAGGAUGAAAAUAGGAAUUCUUGGUUGUAUGGCGGAGAGGUUGAAAACACAGAUAUUAGAGAAGGAGAAACUGGUAGAUAUUGUCUGCGGUCCUGAUGCUUACAGAGAUUUGCCCAGAUUACUAGCUGUCACAAACAACAAACAAAGUGCAGUGAAUGUGUUAUUAUCUCUGGAGGAAACCUAUGCUGAUGUGAUGCCUGUCAGGCUAAAUGAGGACUCAGUUACAGCAUAUGUCUCAAUAAUGAGAGGUUGUGACAAUAUGUGUUCCUAUUGUAUUGUACCGUUUACCCGAGGACGAGAAAGAAGUAGACCCAUAGACUCUAUACUAGAUGAGGUCAGGAUGUUGUCAGAUCAGGGAGUAAAGGAGGUGACACUUUUGGGUCAAAAUGUGAACAGUUACCGGGACAUAUCAGAAUCAAGUUUUUAUGGUGCACCGGAUCGGUCGCAAGCCACAACUCUUCGGGACGGUUUUAAGACUGUAUACAAACCUAAAUCAGGAGGUCGCAGGUUUGCUGACCUUCUGGACAAGGUGUCAGAAAUUGAUAAGGACAUGAGAAUCCGGUUCACUGCUGCACACCCAAAAGAUUUCCCAGAUGAGGUGUUACAGUUGAUAAAAGAGAGAGGUAAUAUAUGUAACCAGUUACAUUUACCUGCUCAGAGUGGAAAUAAUGAAGUAUUACAGGCAAUGAGGAGAGGGUACACAGUGGAAGCUUAUAGGCAACUGGUGGAUCAUGUUCAAAACCUUGUACCUGGUGUGGCAUUGACUAGUGAUUUUAUAUGUGGGUUUUGUGGAGAGACUGAGGAAGCCCAUCAACAGACAUUACAGUUGAUUAGAGACGUCAAAUACAGUAUGGUGUUCUGCUUUCCCUACAGUAUGAGACAGAAAACAAAUGCUUAUCACAAGUUGAAAGAUGAUGUGACAGAAGAUGACAAGAAGAGAAGACAUUUAGAAAUGAAAGAAGUGUUUAAACAAGUGGCAGGGAAACUUACUGAAACAUAUGUGGGACAAGUUCAUACUGUCCUUGUUGAAGGGGUUAGCAAGAAAGACAAGAAUUUUUUAUUUGGUAGGAAUGAUGCAGGUCUAGCUGUAAUUUUCCCAGAUAACGAGAUUUUAGAUGGAAAUAAUAAUAGACAACCAAAGGCAGGAGAUUAUGUAGAUAUAAAGAUUGAAAACACCACAUCCCAGACAUUGUAUGGAUCUCCAGUAAAAAUAACUAAUUUAUUUGACAGUGAAGAUUCUGAAAUGUUGAGAGAAUUGCAAUCCUGAUAACAAGUUUUAAAUUUAUUUUUAAAAAAUCAAUGUAUUUAUGUUAUUUUUUUUCGAGUGUUUUUGAUAAUGUAAACCUUAAAAAUUUA